CAAGUGCCAAGUUUCAGGAUGCCUUGUUUUGGUGCAGACGAAACCUGCAAAAGUCUGAGCAGGAAUUGGACAUGAAGGAAAAUCUCCGCUCCCGCUCCUCAGAUCCCCUGUUCUACAUCUGCAAUGGAUUAGCAGCACUGGCGGCCAUCCAGAGUUCAUUGGACCAUACAAUCCAAGCACAUUUGUCUAUUCCUUGGGUACUUAUACCUGGUGCUAUUAUGCAGCUGUAUGUCUGUAGAAUUGAUGUCCAAGGAGGUCGAAGAUUUGGAUCAGUUCUGCCAUUUUGUUAUGCUGCUAUCUGGGCGACAUGGGUAUGGCUGCGUUUUGCAGGUUCUUUGCUAGGAAUCGCUACAAAUAAUGAUGGAGGAUUCACAGUCGGUGCAAUUGCUUUUUUAAUAGUCAACAUAUUUUUAGUUGCCAUUGCUUCUUAUGCUAAUACAGUCCUGAUUCUUCUAACCCUUAUGAUGGAGGCCGUGGUUGUCAGUUUCCUUCUCUUCACAUUGGAAAGACUUCCUCUUCAGCUUGAAAUAACGGUGCUGUCCAUCUUUAGCAUUAUUUGUCUCUACGGGUUACUGGCAUCGCUGACAAACUGUUUGUUCAACAAAGAGCUAAUCCCACUGGGACCUUCAGUGUUCAAGAAACUGGAGCUAGAGAAGGAAGAAGUACCCAGCUCAUGUCUCCUUCCUGAGUCUCGUCGUACAAGUGGAUUGAGAACGAUAGCGACAAUACUGGAGAGUGGAGGUGUGUGUGGAAUUCCCACAGACACAGUCUAUGCGCUGGCUGCUUCCUGCAAACACCCCGAAGCCAUCAGUAGGAUUUAUACUAUAAAGGAACGUCCUUCAGAGAAACCCAUCUGUAUCUGUAUUUCUAACUUGGAGCAGCUGCGGGUGUUAAAUCCUCCAUUCAGUCCUCUCUUGUGGCGGUUCAUGGACUCCGUCUAUCCCGGAGGGAUAAGCUGCAUUGUGAAGAAGGGGGAAUGGCUAAAAAGAUUAGGUGUGGGGCCUGCCUAUGAUUAUGUUGGAACCCAAGACUCCAUAAUGAUCAGAGUUCCUGAUCACUCUGUCACAGCCCAUCUUACUGACAUGACAGGGCCUUUAGCAAUCACCUCAGCCAAUCCAAGUGGAGAAAGCGAUAGUACUCACCAUGACCAUGUGAUAACACGCCUGAGCCACAAACUGGAUGCGAUUCUGUGUGAUGGAUGUUCCAAUGAACUUGUGGGAUCAACUGUAGUAAUCUGCACCAAAAUAGAUGAAGGGACUAUCAGUAUAUUACGGGAAGGCUGUGUGCCGGCUGCUAGGAUUAUGCAGCUGUUUGAGCGUGCUAAGAACAUGAAGGAAGAUGUGCUGUAGUAACAUGGAAAUAAAUGCUGCAUUAGUCACCUACCUAUUAACUUGUACUACAAGUCCCGCAGGCGGGACUCAGAAAUGUUUUACCGUAUGUUAAUACUGUAUGUUUAUAUAUGUGUGAAAACGUUGUGUGCGCACUGUGUAUAUUGUUACAUUGUAAAUUGGAAAAUGAAGAGUUGUUGUUUUUUAAGCGUUUUUACUAUUUAAGCUAUUUAAGUUACUGUAGCAUAUAACACAGUAUUAUCAGCAGUCUAAAGCUGUUUACACACUAUAUAUGUUUUAUCGUCCAAUAUAUUGUCUGACGUGGAUCAGAGCGAUAUAGUGUACACCAUGGAUAGUGUGUACCCUCAAUCCAUCGUUCCCAGGCGUCGUUCAUUGAAUCAUCCUAUCGGAUGUGCUGCACGCCCAAUUAUGUGAUUCCAUGGCCGUCACAGUGUAGUUACAUGCAGCAUCUAGCCAUACAUUGCACCUCUGUACAGCGGAUCAUAUAGUGUGUAUGCUGGUACAUUGUUCUACAUUGUAGUGCUACAUACUGUACUAUUAAAUAACAAGCAUCAUAAGAUAUAUUAUUUAUUAUUAUUUAUUACCAGUUAUUUAUAUAGCACAGACAUAU